CGUCGCUCUGUGUGACGUACCGCGGUGCGUCCUCGGUGUGUGCUGCCCGGCAGGAAAAGAAAGAGAAAAAACAGUAUGUCAUCAGGGGCAGUAGUGAAUGCUGCUCCUUCAGGAGGAUCAAAUGAUGUGGGCCUGGAGGAACCAAAGAAGAUGACAAGAGAAGACUGGAGGAAAAAAAAGGAAUUGGAAGAACAGAGAAAACUAGGAAAUGCACCUGCUGAGGUGGAUGAAGAAGGAAAGGAUAUCAAUCCUCAUAUUCCUCAGUACAUAUCCUCGGUACCAUGGUACAUAGAUCCUUCUAAAAGACCUACACUAAAGCAUCAGAGACCACAGCCAGAGAAGCAGAAAAAGUAUAGCACCUCUGGAGAAUGGUACAAAAGAGGAGUUAAAGAGCAUGCUGUGGCAACUAGAUACCGUAAAGGAGCUUGCGAGAACUGUGGUGCAUUGACACACAGUAAGAAGGAAUGCAUGGAGAGACCCAGGAGAAUUGGAGCAAGAUACACAGGCAUGAAUAUUGCACCAGAUGAACAUGUGCAGCCUCAACUGACGUUUGAUUAUGACGGAAAGCGAGACCGUUGGAAUGGCUAUAACCCAGAAGAGCACAUGAAGAUUGUAGAGGAAUAUGCCAAGGUUGAUUUGGCCAAACGUACACUGAAAGCCCAGAAGCUUCAGGAAGAGUUAGCAUCAGGGAAGCUGGAGCAAGUGAACUCCCCAAGACAGCAGUGGGGAGAAGAGGAACCAAAUUCACAGACAGAAAGAGAUCAUAACAGUGAAGAUGAGGAUGAAGAUAAAUAUGCAGAUGACAUUGAUAUGCCUGGACAGAACUUUGACUCGAAAAGACGCAUCACAGUUAGAAAUUUACGUAUUCGGGAAGAUAUUGCUAAAUACUUGAGGAAUCUGGAUCCAAACUCUGCUUACUAUGAUCCCAAAACAAGAGCAAUGAGGGAGAACCCAUAUGCCAAUACAGGCAAGAAUCCAGACGAAGUUGGUUACGCAGGUGAUAACUUUGUUCGCUACACUGGAGAUACCAUUUCAAUGGCACAGACUCAGCUGUUUGCUUGGGAGGCUUAUGACAAAGGCUCUGAAGUUCAUCUGCAAGCAGACCCUACAAAAUUAGAGCUACUUUAUAAAUCCUUCAAAGUGAAAAAAGAAGAUUUCAAGGCACAGCAGAAAGAAAGCAUCCUAGAGAAGUAUGGAGGACAAGAACAUUUAGAUGCUCCACCAGCUGAACUGCUGUUAGCUCAAACAGAAGAUUAUGUGGAGUACUCUAGGCAUGGAACAGUCAUCAAAGGACAAGAGAAAGCUGUUGCUUGCUCUAAAUAUGAAGAGGAUGUAAAGAUCAACAACCAUACAAGCAUUUGGGGUUCAUACUGGAAAGAAGGCAAGUGGGGUUACAAAUGCUGCCACUCAUUUGUCAAGUACUCAUACUGUACAGGAGAAGCUGGGAAAGAAAUUGCUAAUGCUGAAGCAAGCUUACUGCAAGAGCAACCCAGGGAGGAAGAACACAUGACAAAACCCAAAACACUGAUGGAGAUCCACCAAGAGAAACAGAAAGAGAAGAAAAAGAAGAAGCACAAGAAGACCUCAAAUUCAGACAGUGAGGGUGAAGAGAAAAAGAAGCAAGAAAAACUUAAAAAGGCACUAAAUGCAGAAGAGGCUCGUCUUCUUCAUGUGAAAGAAAUCAUGCAGGUAGAUGAGAGGAAGAGACCAUACAACAGCAUAUAUGACAGCAGGGAGCCAACAGAAGAGGAAAUGGAAGCUUACAGAAUGAAACGUCAGAGACCUGAUGAUCCUAUGGCCUCUUUUCUUGGACAGUAGGGCAGAAAUCAUUCCUAUACACUAGACUCUUUUCAUUGUUGUUUACAGUUCUAUAGAAACCUGCUAUGUCAAAGACCUUUUUUUGCAUCAAAAAAGAUGGUGAAAACUUCUGCAAGAGACCUAAGUAGAUAUACUAUAGCAAUAAGUUCAAUAGAGCAAUUACUUCAGGAGAUAUAUUUAUAAUCACAUUAUAUGUGUGUGUAUGUAUACAUAUACAGUCACAAAUGUAUACAUACACACAUAUAUAUAUAUAGGAUAUUACAGAGCAGAAAUAUUUUAUCUCUUUAUUGGAAAAGAUCUGAUCCUGGCUACAAUUCUAAUUUCUUUUGGCCAACCAGUAUAUGCAUAAAGUAAUGAUACAUUUGGCAAAACUGCUCAGAAGAAAUGGUUGUUAAGUGUUACUUAAUAUAGAAUAAAAAUUGUUGCAAAAAAAAUACAACAGCUACUGAAUCCUCUUCUUUAUAGGGGGAGUUGCUUGUCACAUGGCUUUAAAAGGAGAAAUAGUUUCCUUCUCAAUCACUUUGUAGUAGGUAUUUUGGAAAUGUAAAAAUUAAUAACUUUGUACAGUUUUUGUUAAAUUAAUACAAAUAUCUUAAAUGCUGUACAGCCUUUUUAAUGAUAGAAGAAGCUGACUGUAGAGCCUUUAAAUUCUAUUUCUGCAGAUGUUAACAUACAAAUUUCAGUCACAGAGAUCUGAGUUCUUUUGAUAACAGUGUUCAUCUCACUCUUAUAACUUCCAGAAUCCUGUUGCUUGAUGUAAUACCAAGUGUCAGGCUCUAAUAUCUCUUGACAAUGUAAAGCAGCAUCUGCUUUGUGUUAGGCAAUACUAGUCCUUAAACUGGGAGUUUUCUCCUUUAACCAUUAAAAGUUGGAGAAGCGUGAAAAACUUAACAGCAUGACUUUAGAGUUGGAAGGCUUACAAAUUAUUUCUGUUAUGAUUUAAACUACCUUAUUAAACAUGGCUUUUAUAACCACAUUUAAUGUGGUUAUAUUAAUGGUAUGGCUAAGGAUGCUGUAAUCCUGGGUUUUCUUCUUAAAAUGAAGAACCUGAUUACAAUGCCCACUUUGUAAACAAGGAAGUUAAAGCUCCUGGCAGAAGGUGAAACAGUGUUAAAGCUGUAAAUUGUUAUGCCUGUGAACCUGCUUUCCUUUUCUUCUUAUUAGGUUUUCUCCAAGUCUGCUUCCCCUUUAUUUUUGUUACAGAAAUACUAAUUCUGGAUGCAGACUUUAUUUUAUAAGAUUUAAACGUCUGAUUGUGGGCAUUUAUUUUUAAAACUUGAUUCUGCAUGUGCAAAAAAAUAAACCCACGUAGUGAGAUCGAAGAUCUCGGGGUGGAAUUGUUAAUAUAUCACGUACCAGGAAAGAAAAACUUCAGAGAGGAGAAAUAAGCUUUUGCAGAAAUUGCUUUUACAUUUUCACAAGCAAUGUGGAUUUAGACAGUCAGAGGAAGGAAAAUAUUAGGGAUAGAGUUUCCCUUUUUCUACACUAGUGACUCAUGUGCUAAGUUUCCAUAUCAGCUCAUGUCUUGACCUCUCUUGUGGAUAAUUUGAAGGAAAAAACAGUCUUUUCCAAAAGUCAUUACAUGCAAUAAACAUAUAUUUAAGUGUUGUGUGUGUGAUUUCA